AUGAACCGGCAGGCAUUCUUGACUGGUUCACAGAGGAAAUGUGAAGGAAUAGCUGCUGAACUGAAAGGCAAUGUGGAAAUAAAGUCAAAACUUCACAGUGGGUUUGAGAAGCCUAAUCAGAUUUCUCCUACCAGCCUGAGUGAGAAAAACUGCACACACACACAUUCAGCAUAG